CUCUCCCUCUCUUUACUACUCCACACAACAUUCUCACUCCCUCCACUCCAUUCCUCCCCUGCCCUCCACACCCGUAACAUCGAACACACAGUCCUCCCCCAAGCUCUCUUCACCCCAAACAUUCACACACACGCGUCCCUGCACUCAAGACCCCAGACAGCUUUCCUGCACGUAGGUGGUGGCAAGGGGAGGUCAGCGGCGUUUAUUCGUGUCCUGCAGCAACAGACAAGCAAGGAUUUGGUCUGAGGAGUGUAGCGUAAAGGGGCAAGGAACAACAGGACAACUACGGGUAGGGUGUGGGUGAACAGCUGCUGAGCGCGGCGCGGGGCGAACACUCCUACAAGGUAGUGACGGUACACCACUACAGUGUCUGGGCAACUAUGAUAGUGACAGCGCGGGGAGUCUUUGCUGCCAUCCUCUUUCUUCUGCUUCUCAUCCUCCUCCACCUGCUGCAGCACUACAGUGGCAUGGAGCGUGGAGGGAAAGCGCUACAACGACAUAAACUGAGAGGCGACUGGAGUCCUCCCAGAUGUUUCAUCAAGCCGCUGUCCAACCUGACGGAGCUGCGCCAUUACUUCUCGAAUUCUGAAGCUCCGUGCGCUAACCUGAAGGCGUUCGCAGCAGCCCCCCCAGCGUCUCCAGGAGAAAAAAAGCUGAUGUGCCUGGAUCCCUACUACAACAUUCGCCCUGGAAGCUGCCUCGUGCUGUCCUUCGGCGUGGGUCAGAGUUGGCACUUCGAAGACGAGGUGGCUAAGUUCGGGUGUAAGGUGGCGGCUUUCGACCCAACAAAUGGAUUAAAAGACCACAAAAGAGGCGACAAAAUCAACUUUUACAGCGUAGGGAUCAGCAACUUCAGGGGCAGCAAACUCUUGGGCAUGAUGCGAUACGGAAAGAAGACGGUUGGCGCCGUGGACCGCUACGAGAAUCUGCUGGCGCGUGCUGGCCUGCAGGGGCGUGUGGUGGACUACCUCAAACUGGACGUAGAACUCUCUGAACUUGAGUUUUUCCAGGACAUGUUCUUCAACACGCCUCACCUGCUGGUCGGCGUGAAACAGAUCGCCAUGGAGGUGCACCACGACGAUGAGGGAGACGUGGAUCUGGGACCGGCAAGCGUGUACCAGCUGUUUUGGACUUACUACCAGCUGCUGCGGUGCCACGGGUUCAGGCUCAUCCUUACCUACAAUCAUAACUCCAGGCGGAAGUGGACUGAAGUGUUAUGGGGCCGAGAGGGGGCGUGGUGAUGUGCUGUGGGAUUCAAUAAAGCAUGAUAAUGGUGCUGUGUGACCGAGAGGUUGAGGUACUGUGAGGAUGCAUGAUAUAAUGCUGUAGAGCCGAGUGUAUGGUAGGAUGCUGAGGGACAGAGAGAGAGAGAGAGAGAGAGAGAGAAUGAUAGGAUGCUGUGGAACCGAGUGUAUAAUCUUGUUAGGCCGAGAAAGUGUAUUGUAAUAAGAGUGCUGUGGAACUGAGAGUGUAUGUUUUAGAGUGUUGUGUGGCUGAGGUGGCGUGACAGGAUGCUGUGAGGCCGGAAGAGCGUGUGAUAGUGUACUGCCAAGCUGAGAGGAGAUGUAGUGAUGUUUACUGUACAGCCAAGAAGGGCAUCAUGAUGUUUAUAUGUGAUGAUUUACAAACAUGGAGGAGACGUGCAUGAGAGUCACCUCCUGUUGUGUUUCGUUAUCGUUUUUGUUGUCUUCGCCGUCCUUGCCGUCUCAGCAACAUUUUUAUUUCUUGUGUGUUCACUGUUUGAUCUGCUGCAGUCUCUGACGAGACAGCCAGACGUUACCCUACUGAACGAGCUCAGAGCUCAUUAUUUCCGAUCUUCGGAUAGGCCUGAGACCAG